UUGUUUAUUAAAAAAGAUAAGAGUUUAUUUACUAAAAAAACAUGCCAUCAUCUGUGCGUUUCUUAACUACGCGGAUGCUGUUGUUAUUUUUACUCUCGUUUUUUCAUCUUAGAGCUUGUCAAUCUUUUCCCUCCAUGCAGCCACUAUGCAAUGAUGAGGAGAGUCGUGCCUUGUUGCAGUUGAAGGAAAACCUUGUCAUUAAUGAGUCCGCCUCUUCUGAUCCUUCUGCUUAUCCCAAGGUUGCAUCAUGGAGAGUUGAUGGAGAAAGCGGUGAUUGCUGCUCUUGGGAGGGUGUUGAAUGCGAUCGGGAUUCUGCUCAUGUGAUCGGCCUUGAUCUCAGUAGCAGCUUUCUUUAUGGCUCCAUCAACUCUAAUAGCAGCCUCUUCCACCUUGUUCAGCUCAGAAGGCUGAAUCUUGCUGACAACGACUUCAACAACUCCGAAAUCCCUUCUGAGAUUCGAAAUCUCACAAGGCUGUUUGAUCUAAAUCUCUCAAUGUCUGGCUUCACUGGUCAGAUUCCAGCAGAGAUCUUAGAGCUUUCCAAGUUGGUUUUCCUUGAUUUGGGAGUAAAUUCUUUGAAGCUCCAAAAGCCUGGUCUGCAAGAUUUAGUUGAAGCAUUAACCAACUUGGAGGUGCUCCAUCUCAGCGGAGUGGAAAUAUCAUCCAAGGUACCUCAAAUCAUGGCAAAUUUAUCCUCUUUGUCAUCUCUGUUUCUCAGGGAGUGUGGAUUGCAAGGAGAGUUCCCCAUGGGUAUAUUCCAACUACCCAACCUUCGCUCUCUUAGUAUCCGGUAUAAUCCAUAUCUCACUGGAUAUUUGCCGGAAUUUCAGUCGGGCAGCCAGCUUGAGUUAUUGUUGCUUGCAGGAACAAGUUUCUCUGGUCAGCUACCAGAGUCCAUAGGAAACCUCAAAUCUUUGACAGAGCUUGAUGUGGCUGAAAGUAAUUUUUCAGGGGUGAUGCCAUCUUCACUUGGUAAUCUUACAAAACUAAACUCUCUAGACCUUUCUGAUAACAGUUUCUCUGGGAAAAUCCCUCCUUCUUUUGUCAACCUUCUUCAACUUACUUACCUGUCGCUUUCUUUGAACAAUUUGAGAUCUGGUACCAUAGAUUGGAUUGGUAAUCUAACCAAACUCAGUUUUCUAGACAUGACAAAAACCAAUUCAUAUGGUAACAUUCCAUCCUGUCUUAGAAACUUGACCCAGCUCACCGUCUUAAAGCUUCAUGGAAAUAAAUUAACUGGUCAAAUUCCAUCUUGGAUAGGAAACCAUACUCAAUUCAUCUCACUAUACCUUGGUGUCAACAAACUGCACGGUCCGAGUCCUGAGUCUAUUUAUAGGCUUCAAAAUCUUGAAAAACUUGACCUAGCAUAUAAUUUCUUUAGUGGUACUUUGGAAUUGAACCUUCUUCUUGAGUUCAGAAACCUCGUUUCACUCCAAUUAUCGUAUAACAAUCUGUCUAUUCUUUAUAGUCACAAUGCUACCAUUCCUCGGCCAAAACUUGAACUCUUGACGUUAAGUGGAUGUAAUCUAGGUGAACUUCCCAGUUUUUUGCGUGAUCAGAACCAUCUGGAGUUUUUAGAACUUGAAGAUAACGAACUUGUGGGACACAUACCCAAAUGGUUUAUGAACGUGAGUACCAUAACCCUCCAGGCUCUAUCUCUGGCUGGCAACCUUCUGACAGGUUUUGAGCAAUCCUUGGACGUUCUUCCAUGGAAUAAUCUACUCUCACUGUCUCUUAGUUCAAACAAGUUCCAAGGAUCCCUUCCAAUUCCACCACCAGCAAUCUAUGAAUAUAAAGUCUCGAACAACAAACUAAAUGAAGAAAUCCCAGAAGUUAUUUGCAAUCUGACUUCGCUUUCUGUCCUCGAUUUGUCAUUUAACAAUUUUAGCGGCAAACUUCCUCAAUGCUUGGGCAAUAAAAGCAGCACUGCUUCAGUUCUGAAUCUCUGCAACAAUGGUUUCAUUGGUGAUAUUCCUGAGACAUUCACAAGUGGCUGCUCAUUGAGGGUCAUUGAUUUCAGUCAAAACAAAUUGGAGGGGAAGAUACCAAAAUCAUUAGCCAAUUGCACCAAGCUAGAGAUUCUCAAUCUUGAACAAAAUAACAUAAAUGAUGUCUUUCCUUCUUGGUUGGGUGUUCUUCAUCAUUUGAGGGUUCUGAUAUUGAGAUCUAAUGGGCUUCAUGGUGUGAUUGGAAUACCUAAAACCAACGUUGCAUUUCCGAGGUUACAGAUUGUUGACCUCUCCAACAACAGUUUUAAGGGUAAGUUGCCACUUGAAUCUUUCCGAUAUUGGACUGCCAUGAAAAAUGUUCGUGAUGAGCACUUGAUUUACAUGCAAGCAAACACAAGUUUCAAAACAUCGCAUAUUACAAUGUACAAUCGGUAUGAUUACUCAAUGACAAUGACAAACAAAGGUGUGAUGAGACUAUAUGAGAAGAUCCAAGAUAGUCUCACUGCUAUCGAUCUCUCAAGCAAUGGUUUUGAAGGAGGAAUUCCAGAGGUCCUUGGAGAUCUCAAACAACUUCGUUUGCUCAAUCUCUCCAUCAACUUUCUCAGUGGUGGCAUCCCUCCAUCCUUGUCCAAUUUGAAAGAGCUUGAAGCUUUGGACCUUUCUCAGAACAAACUCUCGGGAGAGAUUCCUGUCCAACUUGCACAGCUCACCUUCCUGGAGGUCUUUAAUGUCUCCCACAAUUUUCUUUCAGGUCCGAUACCACGAGUAAACCAAUUCGGAACAUUUGACAACACUUCAUUUGAUGCGAAUUCAGGAUUGUGUGGGGAGCCUUUGUCAAACAAAUGCGGAAAUGAUGAGGACUCCUUGCCACCAUCCAAAGAAGAUGAAGGCUCGGGAUCUCAACUUGAAUUUGGCUGGAAUGUGGUGGUGAUAGGUUAUGCAAGUGGAUUGGUAAUUGGAGUGAUUCUUGGAUGCGCUAUGAACACAAGGAAGUAUGAAUGGCUGGUGAAGAAUUAUUUUGCGAGGUGGCAAUACAAGGGUCAAGAUUUGAAGACUCGCCUGCGUAGAAGUUGAUCUCUAAUUAUUAAGGUGUUUUCUAGUUUGUCAAUCAUGUUAAGAUUGUAUUUUCUUUUCCUUGUCUUCUCUUUCUUAAUUUUCAGUUGCAAGGAUAAGAGUGAUUUUCUCUUGGAUGGUCUGUUAAUUUCAUAUACUAAAAAUAAGAUGGUAUAUUGAAUUGAGAGUUUAGUUUUAUUAA